UUUCUUCUCGGAAGAGAAUGAGACGUUCUCCUUCUCCACAGACAGCAGACUCGCUCCGAGCAUCAUCCGCGGAGCUGCCAUUCAGGCCUGCAGGCUUCAUGAUCGCUGAGUGAAGCGGAGCGCUGCUAACGCUACGCCGCCAGACCGCGGGGCUGAGAGCCACACGCCGUGCGCCAUGGUCCGGGACAAAAAGGACAGGGACAGCUGGGGGUCAUUUGUGGAUAAGAAUGUAUAUGACUGGAGCUCAGAGGACGAGGAGCAAGACACCAGGGCCCGUCCAGUGCAGGUGCUGGUGGUGAAGGAUGACCACUCGUUUGAGCUGGACGAGGCGGCGUUGAGUCGUAUCCUGCUGGCUGAGGAGCUCAGGGACAGAGAGGUGGUGGCAGUCUCUGUAGCUGGAGCUUUCCGGAAGGGCAAGUCUUUCCUCAUGGAUUUCAUGCUGCGCUACAUGUACAACCAGGCACGUGAUGAUUGGCUGGGAGAUCCUGAGGAGCCUCUGACGGGCUUCUCCUGGAGAGGAGGGUCUGAGAGAGAGACCACCGGCAUCCAGAUCUGGAGUGAAGUAUUCCUUGUGGACAAACCGGACGGAACCAAGGUGGCAGUGCUGCUGAUGGACACACAGGGAACAUUUGACAGCCAGUCCACACUCAGAGACUCAGCUACUGUAUUCGCACUCAGUACCAUGAUCAGCUCCAUGCAGGUGUAUAAUAUAUCCCAGAACGUCCAGGAGGAUGAUUUGCAGCACCUGCAGCUCUUUACAGAAUAUGGCAGACUGGCCAUGGAGGAAACAUUCCUCAAGCCCUUCCAGUCAAUGAUUUUCCUGGUGCGAGACUGGAGUUUUCCUUACGAGUUUCCAUACGGCCAGGAGGGUGGCAUGAAAUUCCUGGAGAAAAGGCUAAAGAUUUCAGAAAACCAGCAUGAGGAGCUACAGAAUGUGAGGAAGCACAUUCACUCCUGCUUUACCAACAUCUCCUGCUUCCUCAUGCCACACCCCGGCCUCAAAGUGGCCACCAAUCCUCACUUUGACGGCAGACUCAAGGAAAUUGAUCGGGAAUUCAUCGGUAACCUGCAGGUGCUGGUGCCCUGGUUGCUCGGCCCCAAAAACCUGGACGUGAAAGAAAUCAAUGGCAGCAAAAUAACCUGCAGAGGCCUGCUGGAGUACUUUAAGGCAUACAUUAAGAUUUACCAGGGGGAAGAGCUGCCUCACCCAAAAUCCAUGUUACAGGCCACUGCAGAGGCAAAUAACCUGGCAGCUGUAGCUGCAGCUAAAGACCUGUACAACAAGAAGAUGGAGGAGGUGAGUGGGGGUGACCGGCCGUUCCUCGCUCCGACUGAGCUGCAGUCCCGUCACGCGUCGAUCCGUGAGGAGGCGCUGACCGUGUUCCGUGGGGUGAAGAAAAUGGGUGGGGAGGAGUUCAGCCGCCGCUACCUGCUGCAGCUGGAGGCAGAGAUAGACGAGCUGUUCGUGCAGUACAUCAAACACAACGACUCCAAAAACAUCUUCCACGCCGCACGCACGCCCGCCACGCUCUUCGUGGUCAUCUUCGUUAUGUAUGUGUCGGCGGGGAUCACAGGCUUCGUGGGUGUGGAUGUGAUCGCCAGCGUGUGUAACAUGGUGCUGGGCUUCGCACUCAUCACUCUCUGCACCUGGGCCUACAUCCGCUAUUCCGGAGAGUACCGUGAACUCGGUGCCGUCAUAGACCAGGUGGCAGGAGCUCUGUGGGACCAGGGAAGCACUAAUGAGGCUCUCUACAAAUUGUACAAUGUGGCAGCGAAUCACAGGCAGCUGUACAAUCAUGCUUUUCCCGGACACCAGACUGACCAACACCCUGAACAGGAGAAGAAGAGAAACUGACCACACGCUUACACACCACCACACACUCACUCACUAUUACAUACACACACACCCAGGCUCCUACGUAUGCCCACUCUGUUGCACUGACACUCCAGCCAUAGCACAGCUGAGCUUUUUUUGGACCAUCUUAGUGACGUAACAGAGGGAAAGACAGGGAGAAAAAAAGAGAGAGAGAGACAGAUAGAGAGAGAAAAGGUAAAGUCAGGGGAAGGUGAGAACCGAGCAGCUCACAUUUAUGCUGCAAUAGGAACAAGUCAGAUUCGGUUGCCAUAGCUACAUCUGCCACUGACAGUUCAGCUAGCCGGUGAGCCAGAGGGUGAGGAUUGGGCGCGCAGGUGCCCCCCGGCAGCAUGAGUCUACGAUUUAGCUUUGAACUGAUUCAAGUCUCAAAUAGCUGCAAUAUCUACUCUCACUUAGAGCCUGUUUACACCUGGUCAAUUCAUGUUAUUUGUAUCUGGAUUGUAUCGUGAUCAGAUUUUAGCCACAUGCAUUUAAAUUUGGUAGUGAGUCUCCAGUUAGUCUCUGAAAUCUGAACUCAACUGAAUAAUUACCGUGUGGGGUUGAAGGGUUGCUAGUUCCUAAACUUUGACUCAAUGGUCAUCUUUUCAUGUUCUGGGAUUUCUGGGAGUCAUGCUGUGGUAAAUGACCUUACAGGGUGGAAUAUGCAAAUUAUUUAAUUGCACAGCAGUUAUUAGGGGUGUUUUGGUUAUUCCCAGAGGCGUUUGGUUGCCAAAUUCUUCGUGGAAAGACAGACAUGUUUACACUGCUUUAACAUGGCUUCAAUUUAUUUUUAUGCUCAGCUCACAUCAGGAAUGAACAUACAUCCUGGGUGAUCCAUUCAUAAGUCUCCAGCCCAAAGUAUAGGUGUGAAUGCUUGUGUGGAUGUUUAUAGAGGACACACUGUAAUCUGAUCACUAAAACCACAGCCGGAGGUGGUCAGAGAUGCAUUUGACCACAUUAUUGUUGUAGUGUGAACGCCAAAGCAUUUGGAUGCAUUCCCGACAGCAGAGCAUUCACUGUGUCACUACCAUGUCUUUACCAGAGCACAUUUAAUAACCAUAAAACCACACCAUUUAUUUAAAUUUGACGACUACAAAUUUCAAUGUUGACUAAUCAUUAAUUUGUAACAGUACCACAUUACAGAAAGUGCUGGGGACAAAAGCUCAAUGGGAGAUGAGUAAAUGGCUCAUUCUCAGUUUACACUCAACAUAGUUUGUGUCUUCAAAAGUGCCCAAACACAACAGAUUACAUACAUAUAUUUUUUUUAUUUAAACAACAUCUGAAUAUUUAUAUGGCUUUUAAAUCUUAUGCUUAGGUGUUUCUAUAAUUUUUAUAGAGACGGAGAACAUGGCAGAAACAAUCGCUGACUAAUCGAAAAAAUAAUCAUCACAUUACUCGACUACCAAAAUAAUCAUUAGUUGCAGCCCUAUAGCUGAGUAACAAGCGAAUGGAUAAAGGUGAUACUCAUGGCUGUUGUGCAAGUUACUAUUUACAGAAACCCACAGUAGCUACGUUUAAAAUUCCAGUUGUGCAUUUUAGCAGUCAUUUAAGAUUAGAUUACCCAGGAUGCAUGUUAUUGCCAUGUGUAAAUUGGGAUUGCAUUUUUAUGUGGCUUGGCCUUAUCCAGAUAUAUUCCUGAUACUCAAGAUUCAUGAACUUGCCAGGUGUAAAUAUGGUCUCAGUAUCGUACUGGUGUACAUACUGUGGUCGCAAGUUGCUUAGGACAGUUCCCACACAAGUUCUUUCAGAUCUUUAACCAUUCUAUUGUCAUAUUCCAGCUCCCAACACACUUCAGUCAGGAUACAGGUUUUCCACAGUGCUUGAUCAGCUGGUUCAGGGUUGUUGGGAGGUGAACAGUGACAAACCUGUAACUUACUUGUUGGGAAUUCUAAGCAACACCUGAUAUCUUCUAAGGAAUGAGAUUAAAGGUGUGGGGGGUAAAUGGGGCAAAGCGUUUUUAAUUUUAUCUAUACUUUCCAAUCACGACUGAAUCCUGAUAAUGCAAUUCCAAUACUAGUUUUCCAUAUCUGGAAAUCCAGCUUUAUGCUUUAUUUACAAUAAUCCAUUAUUAAACUCCUUGUGUUGCACUGAAGUAAGGCCUCAUUAUUGUACAUAUUGUACAUUGACUUUGCUGAACCGUAUUGUUAUAUUGAGAGUUAUUAAGCAUUUGUCGCUCAAGUGUCGUCAUCUUUACUUCCCUUCCCUAAAGUCUCUCCAUUAACACUAUUUAAAAUAAAGAAGUUGCAAAGGUUCUUUGAAAUUUAACUUACAGUAGUGAAGAAUCUUAAAAGACACUUCUUAAAAACAUCAAAAGAACAUUUGUAGCAUCUUUAUUUUUAACAGUUAUUUUUAAGAUGUAUUUUACACACAGAAUUGUCAAGGUCCUGUUUUAAUUAUUUUUAACUACUGAAACUAGGUUCUGUAUUAGCAUGCUUUUUACAUAGUGAUGUACCUGCAUCGAACUAAUCCAGCAAAUAUUCAUAAUCAUUAAUGUCUAUUUGGUAAUUUUUUGCAUGAUCUCCAAAACAAUAAACUAAUAGCCCACAUAAGACUCCAACCUCUGGCCAGGUUCCAUCAAUGAUUGUUCUGCUAUUUACUCUAAACAUUAAUAUAAUUACCCUCUGCACCUUUAAAUCAUAUCCAUCAGUGACCUGGUGAAUGAAUGAGGAUAGGUUUCUGUGUGUCCUGUUGAUGGAGUGAUGUUGAGUUAAGUCUAUAGAUGUUCUGGUUGUAUAAAAAGGUCAAGUUAUAAAGGUGUUCUGGUGAAAAAGCCAGUUUAAGCCCAGUCAGUAGGUUGUGUGGUGAAGGAGAUGAAGCUCAUUCUAGCCAUGUCCAGUCUGGCUCAGGGGUUCCUGUGUGAGGAACAGCCAGAACAUUGUAAAAUCAUCACACAUCAAGACUUUGUUUCUACACUCUGAAUCACUAUAAAGUCAUGCACUGCUCUUCCUGUUGUACAUAUGGUAUUCAAGUUGACACACACAAACACUGAAGCGCUGAAAGGACAGACUGUGCUGAUGACCAAGGACCACUUUCUCCCGUCUGGGCUGCACUCAUACUAAUUGUUGUUUUAUUUUGUAACGAGUGUCUUGUUUUAUGUUGAAUUCAGUGCUAUUUAUAAAGAAUAAAAGAUUACAUGUUUAAAAUCUA